AUGGGUAACAAACAAAAUAAAACUGCAUCAACAGAAUUAACUGCACAACAUAUUGCUAUGCUUAAAGCAAAUACGAAAUAUUCUGAAAAAGAAAUUCGAGAAUGGCAUGCGGGAUUUCUUAAAGAUUGUCCAAACGGUAAACUCGACAAGAAGAAAUUCGUUGAAGUUUACAAACAAUUCUAUCCACAAGGCAAAGCAGACAAUUUUUGCAAAUUUGCUUUUCAAACAUUCGAUGCCAAUAAUGAUGGUUCAAUUGAUUUCGAUGAAUUUCUUUUAGCUAUUGCUGCUACAAGUCAAGGUAGUCUUGAUGAUCGUCUUGGUCUUGCUUUUGAAAUGUAUGAUAUUUCAAAUGAUGGACAAAUUGAUCAAAAAGAACUUACUAAAUUGAUUACUGCUAUGUAUGAUCUUUGCGGUGAAACUGAUCGUAAAGGUGAUAAAGAUCCAAAGAAACGUGCUACAGACAUUAUUACAAAACUUGAUGUUAGUGGUGAUAAGAAAUUAAGUAAAGCAGAAUUUAUUUCUGGAUGCAAGAAUGAUCCGGUUAUUCGUCAAUUACUUGCUCCCAAUGUUUAA